AUGGCUGACACUCAAGAGACAAAACUAAAAUAUCGCCGUGGAACUUGUUUUAGCUGUCGUAAAUGUUUAUAUUGUGGAAUUAAUUUGCAACAGCAAAGAUGCAAUUGCAACUUAUCAGAGGUGUCACACAGAGAUAAUCAAACUGAAGCUGUCAAAUAUGCAUUUACACGAGUAUUUAAGCCAAACUGGAUAAAAGAGCAAGUGGAAUAUAUUCAUCAAAAAAUAGCACUUUACAAUUACUUUUUAAGUUCAAAAGAAACUUUUAAUUUCUCUUUAUGUUUUCAAUGUAAUAGUACAUUAUUAAGAUUAUCUUCAAAGGCAAAAAACUUAAGCAGUUUUUCAAAAAUUGAAUCAUAUGAUCUUACUAUUUCUGAAGAUGAACCUAACAAAUUUGAAGAAAGAGAUGAAUGGGAAAAUAAUGAACAUAAUAAUGAUGAGUUUUUAUUUGAUGAAGAUAGUGAAGAUGAAUAUAAUUAUGGAAUUGUUAUUAAGUUAGCAAAUGGUACAACUAUUCCUGCUAAAUA